GAGCCAGCAAAACGGCCGCCACAAUUGCCAGUGCCUCAGCAGCCGCCGCAGCUGGUGCCGUGCCCCUACCGUACGCCGAUCUCCACCAGCAUACGCACUCGCAUCCGCAUCCGCACCAUUCGCACCACCACUUUGCUAGCACAGCUCCCCUGACCAGCGCCGAUAGCUUCAAGCUGCGUUCCGAGGAGCCGGUGCCGGGCUUCAGCUCGGCCUCCCCCUGGCCCACGCUCGAGCUGGGGAUGGAGUGGGGACGCAAGCUCUACCCUACCGCCGGGCCCCGGUCCGCCGGCGGCCUAAUGUUCGGUCUGCCGCCCUCCGCCGCCGACAUGAACCAGCCGCGUGGACCCAUGACCUCGCUCAAGGAGGAGCCGCUGGGCGGACGCUGGGCCAUGCAGCCAGUCGUCGAUCAGACCAACUUGGGCAUUGGCCGCGCCCACUUCGAGAAGCAGCCGCCCAGCAAUUUACGCAAAUCGAACUUCUUUCACUUUGUGAUCGCCCUGUACGAUCGGGCCGGACAGCCCAUCGAGAUCGAGCGCACAGCCUUCAUUGGGUUCAUCGAGAAGGACUCGGAAUCGGAUGCCACCAAAACGAACAACGGGAUACAAUAUCGCCUGCAGUUGCUCUAUGCGAAUGGCGCACGCCAGGAGCAGGACAUAUUCGUGAGGCUGAUCGAUUCCGUGACCAAGCAGGCCAUCAUCUACGAGGGUCAGGACAAGAAUCCAGAGAUGUGUCGUGUCCUGCUGACGCACGAAGUCAUGUGCAGCCGCUGCUGUGAUAAGAAGAGCUGUGGCAACCGCAACGAGACGCCAUCGGACCCCGUCAUUAUUGAUCGCUUCUUUCUCAAGUUCUUCUUGAAGUGCAAUCAAAACUGCCUGAAAAAUGCGGGCAACCCGCGGGAUAUGCGCAGAUUCCAGGUGGUCAUCUCGACACAGGUGGCCGUGGACGGACCGCUGCUGGCCAUCUCCGACAACAUGUUCGUGCACAACAAUUCGAAGCACGGACGGAGGGCCAAGCGGCUGGACACCACGGAAGGUACAGGCAACACAUCCCUGUCCAUAUCCGGUCACCCCCUAGCGCCCGACAGUACCUACGAUGGUCUCUAUCCGCCCCUGCCGGUGGCCACGCCCUGCAUCAAGGCCAUCUCCCCGAGCGAGGGCUGGACAACUGGCGGCGCCACAGUCAUCAUUGUGGGCGAUAACUUCUUCGAUGGGCUGCAGGUGGUGUUCGGGACGAUGCUCGUGUGGAGCGAGCUGAUCACCUCGCACGCCAUCCGCGUCCAGACCCCGCCCAGGCACAUACCCGGCGUCGUCGAGGUGACGCUCUCCUACAAGAGCAAGCAGUUCUGCAAGGGAUCGCCCGGACGCUUCGUCUAUGUCUCAGCUCUCAACGAACCCACAAUCGACUACGGAUUCCAGCGCCUGCAGAAGCUCAUACCACGCCAUCCCGGCGAUCCGGAGAAGCUGCAGAAGGAGAUCAUAUUGAAGCGGGCCGCCGACCUGGUCGAGGCUCUCUACUCUAUGCCCAGAUCUCCGGGCGGCUCCACCGGCUUCAACUCCUAUGCCGGGCAGCUGGCUGUCAGCGUGCAAGACGGCAGCGGCCAGUGGACCGAGGACGACUACCAGCGCGCCCAGUCGAGCAGCGUGAGUCCACGCGGCGGCUACUGCAGCAGCGCCUCCACACCGCACAGCUCGGGCGGCUCCUACGGCACCUCGGCCACCACGGCAGCGGUGGCAGCCACGGCCAACGGCUAUGCGCCCACACCCAACAUGGGCACGCUCUCCUCCUCGCCGGGCAGCGUCUUCAACUCCACGUCAAGAGUCAGCAGCCUGAGCUUCAAUCCCUUCGCCCUGCCCACCUGCAACACCCAGGGGUACAGCACCAGUCAGCUGGUGACUUCAACCAAAUAAUAUUACUACUAAAUGAGGCUAUUGGCAGGCCAACCAAUACUCCCCUCCCAACUGGAAAGCUCGAAAGUGCAAUAAAUAGAAGAAGAAAACAAAAACAAAACAAGAAAACUGGUUCCAAAAUAAAAAAAAAAACACACACUUAAUCAAUAUAGUUGUAUAUUUUGUCGAUUGAUUCCCGUUUUUGAUUGUGUUUGAGAAUAUGCCUAGGCAAUAGAUACUACUAAAUACUUACAUAUACACAUACAUAUAUGAUACCAUAUCAGAGUAAAGGAAAUACAUAUGAAAUGGGGGGGCAUAUCAUGCUGGUGGGAGAGACUCCAAAUUUGAUUCAACUCUAUGUACAUAUACUAUACCUAUAUAUAUUACCUAAAUGAAAUAUAUACAUAUAUCAUAACGAUCGGAUCUGUGAAUAGAGGAAAUUAUACCAAUUUAUAUGUAUACCCAUGAUGAUUGAAAAUUAUACGAAUUCAGAUAUACCAAAACAGAUGAAACAUUUUUGAAUAAACCUUUGGACAUACACCUAACUAAAAUAUGCUUGUAUACGACACCCAUCUGGAUGUACGAACUUAUAGGGAAAUACUCUCAAAACUCAGCCAGAGAAAACCGAAAUCAAAAUGUUAUAUACCUAAAUAGAUAUACACACACACACACACACACACACACACAAAUUGCUAAAACCAGAACUUAAACAUUUGCCGCAUACAUACAUAUCUAGCAUAAUACUUACAUAUUGCAAGAAAUUUAUAAAUACAAACAUACAAAACUUUUGGCAAACAUAUCGUGCACUUAGUCCUAGUAGCCAUCUCUCACAUAAACAAAACACACACAAUCAAUCCAUAAUACAUUUUUGUAUCAUAUCAUCUCAUAUCCAAAAUUUAGAAAUUCAUUCGGAGUAACACCAAAAUCAUCAUUAGAUACAUUUAGCUAUUCAAGUCAGAGUGUUUGAUAAACUACCGAUUUGUUGACUAGAAUCUAAGCCUAGGCCUAAGAUAUCUGGGUGCAUAUACAUACAAUAUGCUUAUACAUAUACAUGCUAUACAUACGAGUAUACAACAGACAUGGCAUACAGACCGAGUACAGCAUAAGUUUAUUGUUUAUUUGUAGAAGUUUUAUUGCAAUCUGUAUUUGUAUUGUAUUAUAUAAUGUAAUUGUAUGCUUGUACGUCUAGAUCUACUCGACGAGCGAGAGGAAUCGCCUCCAUACCGAUAUGCCGAUAGGGAUAUGCACAUACAUAUUUAUAAGAGAUUGGCAUAGACAGAACUUAGCCGCAAAAAUCGAUUUGUAAAUUAUAACAUAAUAUACAAAUAAUAAUUAUAAUUCUAAUCUAGCAACGCUCUCUGUUUUGUAAAUCUUAACAAGUUAUUUAAAU